AUGAAGGUAGGAGUGAUUGAGACCCAUCACUCCCAUACAAUUAUUCCCAGUGUGGUGGUGCAAGACACCAGUGAAGACCCUGGACCAAGGGACAAAGGGGAAAACAGGUUCCCUAGGCAAUGGUAUCUACCUGGUCCAUUUGCACGCUAUAAUAUUAACAACAAUAGUAAUAAAGACGAGUAAAAGAAAAAGAAAAAAGAAAAGAAGAGCAAGACAGAAAAAAAAAAGGAUGGAGAAACACAAAAGAACAAGGAAAAAAAGGAGAAAACCAAAAAUAAAGAUAAGUCCAAGAAGAAAGAAAACAAAGAAGAGAAGAAGAAAGAUAUUUUCAUUAUUGAUCCAGCAGGAAACAUGUAUUAUAACUGGUUGUUUUGCAUCACAAUGCCUGUCAUGUACAAUUGGACCAUGAUUAUUGCUAGAGCCUGUUUUGAUGAGCUUCAGCAUGACUACUUAGCAAUAUGGUUUAUUAUUGAUUACAUUUCUGAUGCCGUCUAUGUUGCUGACAUGUUUGUACGGACAAGAACAGGUUACCUAGAGCAAGGUCUUCUGGUGAAAGAAGAAGAAAAGCUUCAAGAGAAAUAUAAGACAUCCUUUCAAUUCAAAUUAGAUUUUCUGUCAAUCAUACCAACGGAUCUCUUAUACUUUAAGUUAGGACUGAAUUACCCAGAAUUAAGAAUAAACAGACUACUCAGAGUAGCUCGGAUGUUUGAAUUCUUCCAGCGAACAGAAACAAGGACGAACUACCCAAAUAUCUUCAGGAUCUCUAACCUUGUCAUGUACAUUGUGAUUAUUAUUCACUGGAACGCCUGUGUGUACUACUCAAUCUCAAAAGCCAUUGGAUUUGGGGCUGACACAUGGGUCUACCCCAACACCUCUGAUCCUGAAUUUGCCCGUCUGACGAGAAAGUAUGUCUACAGUCUCUACUGGUCAACACUGACCUUGACUACUAUUGGUGAAACACCCCCUCCUGUAAGAGAUUCUGAGUAUUUCUUCGUGGUUGUUGACUUCUUGGUUGGAGUAUUGAUUUUUGCUACCAUCGUUGGUAACGUGGGCUCUAUGAUCUCCAACAUGAAUGCUGCAAGGGCAGAGUUUCAGGCAAGGAUUGAUGCUAUCAAGCAGUAUAUGCACUUUCGGAAUGUGAGUAAAGACAUGGAGAAAAGAGUUAUCAAGUGGUUUGACUACCUGUGGACAAACAAAAAGGCUGUGGAUGAAAGGGAAGUCUUGAAGUAUCUGCCAGAUAAACUAAGAGCAGAGAUUGCAAUCAAUGUUCACCUGGAAACACUAAAAAAAGUUCGGAUUUUUGCAGAUUGUGAAGCUGGUCUGUUGGUUGAACUGGUCUUGAAACUCCAGCCGCAAGUAUACAGUCCUGGAGACUAUAUUUGCAGAAAAGGAGAUAUUGGACGAGAGAUGUACAUUAUCAAAGAAGGCAAGCUGGCAGUAGUUGCUGAUGAUGGAGUUACUCAAUUCGUGGUCCUAAGUGAUGGUAGCUAUUUUGGAGAAAUCAGCAUUCUUAAUAUCAAAGGGAGCAAAGCUGGCAAUCGAAGAACAGCCAAUAUUAGAAGUAUCGGAUACUCUGACUUGUUUUGCUUGUCUAAAGAUGAUCUCAUGGAGGCUUUAACAGAGUAUCCAGAUGCAAAGGCUAUGCUGGAAGAAAAAGGCAAGCAAAUCCUAAUGAAAGAUGGGUUGCUGGACAUCGAAGUCGCAAAUUUAGGAAGUGAUCCUAAAGAUCUGGAAGAGAAGGUCAGCUAUAUGGAAAGAGCAAUGGACAGAUUACAAACAAAGUUUGCCAGGUUGUUGGCUGAGUAUGAAGCUGCACAACAGAAACUGAAAAAAAGACUUACACAAGUCGAGAAAAUAUUGAAGCCAGUUAUAGAGCAAGAAUUUGCAGACUUGGAAGAAGCAGAUCCAUCCACAGAUAAACCUGGAGCAUCAAAAGCAGAAUAAAACACUGGAGGUUUGUCACAGAGAGAGCGAUGCACUUCACUCACAAGACAGCAGUAGCAGUAUAUUGAUAUAAAGCAGUGACUUAACAAAGUUCAGUGGUAAAUGCAACAGUGGUUUAACAAGAUUCAGUGACAAGGUACACUUGAUUAUUUACUGCAUAGAGGACAGGGUCAGACAAAACUCUUAGUGAGACCUUCCUGUUGAGUCACGAAUUUCAGAGAGGACCCCCUUGCAUUCUAAACUCCUUCUCAGAGCAGGAUAUUGACCAGCACUGUGGUUAGGUGGGUGCAUUGCCAUAAAUUAGCCCUUGGCUAUUGUAUUGUUAUCUGUCUCCUCUAAAUCCACUGAGCCAGAUGCACCCAUCAUAAACAGAUGCUUCCACCACAACAGAUGUAUCCAUCAUGACCGCCACUGGAGGUUAUCACUUGAGCAGGGUUAUGGGCAAAGGUAAGGUCAGGGAAGAGAGGGAGCACACAAUCACAUUCCACCCUGUGACUGUAGUCAAUUCACCUUACCCUCACAGAGUGGUGGUAUGGUCACCUCUUGCCUCUGUACCAUAAAUAAUAUAUUGAUAAUUUGUGUGCUUACAGAUCCACGGUAAGUAGGUAGUGAAGUACUAUUUGUUUUGUGUUAAUUUGUAUGUUUUGGGUGGUUGAAGUUGGGUUAUUUGUUUUAUCAUGUACCAAAACUUUAUAUACAGGAUGAUUACAGGCAGUAGACACAUUAAUGUUAGAGUCAGUAAAAUCACAACUGUGUGAAGGAUGAAAUUAAAAACUCCCAUCGCUGUUGGUGACCAUUCCAGAAGAGUUUCCCAACAAUGAUGUUCUACAUCCUUCUUCACUCUUUCCAAGACAUGGUGCAUCAAUUCUGUAUCAUGAUGAACUGUGAUUAGAGUUUUGUGUCCAUUUUUUCGGACACGUUCUAGCCAUUGACACAAGUCUUCAUGUUGCAGUAGCUUCUUCACCAAUGUAAGCUUCACUCUGAUGGGGGUAGGUAAUAAAUCUUGACUCAAUGUCUAACUAGAGUGUAAUAAUUGAUAUGAUGUAACAGGAGCUGAAUAUAUGAUUUUAGUAAAGUUACAAACACAAAUAUUUGAGUGAUUACUCGUAUCUAUAGUAAUGUUAUCUACAAAUAUAAAAUCACAAAGGAUUCCCAUAUGAACACAUCCUUUUCCAAUAUAUAUACAAGUACGGUUUCAGGGAUUUCAUCAGGAUGUAUUUCAAAAUGUCAAACAUUUUGUUUGGUGUCAAGACAAAUGUCUUAGGCUUUGAUGG